AUGUCCCAUUCUGCCUUUGAUUCUUCCACCUCAUCAUCGACAGAAUCUCUUCUCCGCAGUGGCGACCGUUCCACUGCCUCGACUUCACCGCCUACCUCGGUAGACUACUCAUACGACAACCGAUCGUCCAAACACAGAGCCUACGCCGAACCCAUCCGACUGCCGCGCAUCGAAGUGCCCGGUGAAUUCGCCCCGCCACCCCAUCGAGGUUUGCAGGGACACAAGGUGCUCGGCGGCAACCGCAUUGCUUCUUCGCCUUCCCCCAUUGGAAUGCGAAGUGCAGAGCACCUGCCUCCCUCAGCUACAGGUUUCUUCCCACCAGGUCAGUGGGACCGUUCAGGUGCUAGUCUCGACCCCAACGACUACAGCCGUCGCUCCAGCAGCAGCAGCUCCGACAGCACGUACCCUUACGAUCGUAGCAUGCCUUACGGCGACGCCAACAUGGCCAAGCGAAACGUCAAGGACAACGGCUCCGGUGCCAUCACCGUGGGCGGCAAGAAGCGCUACCCUUGCCAGCACCCUGGCUGCGACAAGACCUUCUCGACCAGCGGCCACGCUGCUCGUCACAACCGCAUCCACACGGGCCAGAAGCCCUACCGAUGCACCUUCCCAGGCUGCAAGGCUCGUUUUUCUCGACAGGACAACAGCCUGCAGCACUACCGCACGCACAUCCUCCACCCCAAGGGCCGUGCUUCCCAGUCUGCCCAGGCUCGCGAUGCUGCCGCUCAGCUCGAGCUCGACCACCUCGACCUCGACGCCGCCGAUGCCGAGGCUGAGGCCAAGGCUGAACUCGGCCGUCGAGCCCUCGAGGAUGGCACCGCCAUUGCUGUGGUGCAUGACGUCAAGGACCAGCACGGUCGCAAGAAGGGCGAGACCAUCGAGAGGAUGGUCGGCAUGCCCCGCGGCCAGCGCGACUCGCUGCGUGGUGGCCUCGAUGACGAAGGCAGCGCGUCGCCUUCCUCGAUCGAUGACGCUCACAUGAAGCGCGAAUCCAGCUUGCCCGGUGUCGGACUGGAGAUGGGCCAAUACGAGGCUCCCGCAGACUACUGGUCCACGCAGAUGGCCAAGCAAGGUCGUCUGUCUCUGUCUCAGGCUAGCGGUGCCGGCGUCGUCAAUUAUGACCCUCGCUACCGUGACCCUGCCCCGCCCGCACCCUAUGCCAACGGCAACGGCGGCAUGUACGCUGGUGGAGUUGUUCCUCCAGCUGCAUGGUCCCAGAGCCAGGUGCCCUACAUCGACCCUCGCUUCGCUCCCGGCUACCCGCGCUCGACCGUGUCGGUCUCGCCGCACCGCGCCAACGUCUACGACCCUUCGUCGCGCCUCGGAUCCGCCUCGCUGGAUCCCGAGCUGGCUGGCCUCGAUCCCAGUCUCGACUACCACCGCCGCAGCGCCUCCACGAGCAGCAGCCAGCGUGACCGCGUGCCUCCCAGCGUCGCCACGCUGCCCCCGCCCGGUCCAGCUACGCGUCUGCCUCUGAGUGGUGCUCACGCCGCUUCUGCCCCCGUUUCCGUUGUCCCCUCGGCUCGCUCAUCGCAGAGCCCCAAGUCGAGCCCCACCUCAAGCGCCUACUCUGUCCCCGAAGGCACUUCGGCGCUGGACAAGCUCAGUGCGGCCGCUGCCUCCUCCAGUCCCGCCGCUCUCUCGACGCGAGGUCGACUCAACGGUGCCCCCGCCUCGUCGGCCGGCUACCAGCAUCCGUACAGCUCGGACCGCUCGACCAACUACGCCUCUUCGUCGCUGCCCCCCAUCUCGUCCGCACGCAGCAGCAGCGGUGGCGAAGACGUGAUGGACCUCGACAGGAAGACCAUGUCGAGCAGUCUGCGAUCCGGUCUCGCACCGGAUAGCAAGGCGACUUUGCCUCCGCUCAACACGCCUGCUGCUAGGAGGUGGUAG